GAGGUAAUCAGGACAAAUGUCUCUUACUUUUAGGGAGACGUUACGCUCAUUUUAUAUAAAAGAAGAUGAGGAUUCGAAACCGUAGUCAAUUGAAGUGCUUCAGCUUAGGCGAAAUCUCAUUCUACUUUUUGAAUCUAUAAAAUUUCCUGAAAAAUGUUGACAAUUAUUAUUCUUGGAAGCUUGAUCCCAUUUGCGAUUGAGGCGGCUCCUGCACCUGAUCCAGAAAUAGACCUUCAUGGGUUGAAUUUGGACGCAUAUUCUUGGCUCAAAGCAGCGCCUUACCAUACAGAACCAAUCUUCCAAGAUAAUCCCCAACCUAUCUUUCCUUCCCCAAUACUGAAAGGAUCUUUUCUUCCUGCUCAUGCCUAUGCCUUGGCUGCCCCAAUACUCAAGGCUCCUGAUGUGGUAACAGCACCGAUUUAUGCCCCAGCAGCACCUGUUCUGAAACAGCCAGCUCCUGUUUAUGCUCCAGUUGAGAUAUACAAAGCUGCCGUUCCUGUUGUGAAGACCAUUGCACCAGCCACAAGUUACGCUAGCGUAACGAAAUACCAAAUUUCUCAUGCUCGUGUAAUGAAGGAUGCUGGAUCUGCUGCUCCAAUGUUGAAGAAAACAUCAUAUGACAAUUCCUAUGGAUUUCACUGAGCUCAUGAAUACUUAAGAAUAUUUCAACAUUCCGACUGAAAUAUAUGUGGUUAUCACAUAAUAUGUUAUUGUUGAA